AGAGAGUGGGAGAGAUUCAAUUAAUUACUCCAACUAAAACAUUAACAAUGAAGAACAAAACGAUGGAAGAAGGCGCGGCGGAGGGAGCGGUGGUAGUGCGGAUAGGGAGGAUGGGGUCAGGGCGGGUGGUUCCGGAGAUUGAGUAUGACACGGCGGCGCAAUUGCAGCCGGGCGUCAGGGGAAUAUUCGGCGUACGGGGAGAUUCAGCUCUGGGGAUCGAGGAUGAGACGCCGGUGGAGUUGCAGGCGGUCGGAGGAAUCAUCCUCCGGGGAAACUCAGCUCUGGAGAGAAGCGAAUCCUACUGGGAGUUGGCUCCCAUAGAUUCCCUCCUCCCCAUUACUCAGUCCAGAGAUGGCAACUUCUUCACUGUCACUUUCCAUCUUCUCUCCUCCGGAAUCGGCCUCCAGGCACUCCUCCUUCCCGCUGCCUUCACCUCCCUUGGUUGGGUUUGGGGAAUCGUAUGCUUGUCGCUUCUUUUCGCGUGGCAAUUGUAUACCACAUGGCUGUUGGUGGAUCUUCACGAGUCGACCACCACGGGGACGCGGUUCAGCAGGUACGUUCAUCUGGCGAUCGUGGCUUUUGGGGAGAAGACGGGGAAGUUGGCUGCCAUUUUCCCCACAAUGUAUCUGUCCGGAGGGGCGUGCGCGUUGCUCAUUAUCAACGGUGGUGGGGCACUCGAGUCGUUCUACAAAACCGUGUGCGGUUCCGACGUAAGAUGUCACGACAAAGGACUCACGGGGGCGGAAUGGUUUUUGGUGUUCGCUUGCGUUGCCACAUUGGUGUCUUUAUUCUUCCCCAGCUUGAACUCCUUGGGCUCGGUUUCGCUCCUCGGCUCGGUCACGGGGGUCGCGUAUUGUACCCUGCUUUGGACACUGUCCCUUAGCAAGGGCAGGCCGGAAGGGGUGAUUCAUGACUCGCCGGAGGUUUCUACCUCGAAGGUCGCCAGGUUUAGGGACAUAGCAAAUGCCCUUGCCAUCAUUUCUCUUGCAUUCCGAGGCCACAAUUUGGUCCUAGAGAUACAGGGGACAUUGCCCACAAACAAUGUUCCAUUACGACGUCGUAUGUUGAGAGGAGUUGUUGCAUCCUAUCUUGUCAUUGCGCUAUGUCAUUUUCCCUUGGCCAUUGCUGGAUAUUGGGCUUAUGGCAAUUUGAUGCCAUGGACGUAUAACAAAGGGGGGAUCCUUGUUGCAUUUGCACAGUUCCACCGAGACGACGUACCGAAAUUCGGGAUGGGAGCGAUAUAUCUGAUCAUCAUUAUAGCCAGCCUUUGCAACUUCCAAAUCUACGCAAUGCCGACCUUGGACAAUUGGGAAAGGAUAUACUUGAGCAAGAAAAAGGCGAACUGCCCGCGAUGGUUGCGAACAGCCAUCAAAGUCUUGUUUGGUGGAUUGACUUAUUUCGUAUCGAUGGCCUUCCCUUUCUUAGGAAGUUUGGCAGGCUUCGUGGGCUCCAUUGCGUUGCCUCUUACUUUGGCUUAUCCAUGUUUCAUGUGGAUUGCCAUGAAAACACCACGGCAGUUUAGCUUGUCGUGGUGCUUUAACAUGGCCCUUGGAUGUUUAGGGUUGGUGGUUUGUAUGCUGUUGCAAUCCGGUAGGCUGAGCAAAGGUCUGAGACACAUCCUUCACGCAGAGGAGGAAGAAGGUGUAAUAGUUGAUGCAACCGAGUAUCGUCUCAUUUCAAACUGUGCAAGUGCAAAAGAAGCCUGGGAUAUUCUCAAAGUUACACAUGAGGGAGAUGAAAAUGUUAAGACUGCAAAAGCAAUUGCACAAUCCUAUGAUGCCAAGAAGAUGAGUCUUGAUGCACUGCUGGGAAAUCUUGAAAUAAUUCAACUGAACAUGAAAGAGCGUAACAAGCGAAGAAAACCUGAGAGACAGAUUGCAUUUGUGGGAGUGGAUCUGGGAGAAGAUGGAGAGGAUGACCUAUCCCUCGAUCAAGAAUUUCAAGAACAACUCUCCUUAUUCACAAAACAAUUUAAGAAGAAAUGGAUUCAGAAGAUAGGAAGGAGCUCAAGUCAAGAUGGAUCAACCAGAAGACCCUCACCCAAAGAAUCACGAUUCAAGGAGAACAAAUAUUAUGACAGUAGCUCCAAGUACAAGGGGCCACAAUGUUUUGAAUGUGGUUCUCAUGGACAUAUUCAAACAGAAUGUGCAAAUAAACUAAAGAAGAAAAGGCAAGCCUUCUCUAUUACUUGGGCUGAUGAUGAAACUGAAGACGACCAAGGAUAUAGUGAGAGUAAUUGCACCUUCACGUCACAAUCAGCAUCAGAUGAUCAAUUUGAUCUUGUUGAACAACACAUGGAUCUUCAAGAGAAGUGGACUGAACUAGUCAUGGUCAACAGAAGGAAUAUAUCAGAAAAAAAUAAAUUAGCAAUUGAUCUGAAGACUUUGAAGCAUAAUCUAGUGGAGGCUGAAACCGAUAAUGUCAACCUGCGGGAGUUGCACAAGCUCAAAGAUGUUAGACAAAAGUGCAAUUCUAGAGGGGGGGGGGGUGAAUAGAGUUGUUCGCUAGAAUGUGCGUUUAUUGUGUGUGUGAUAACAAAAUAAAAUCGCUGGAAAAAUAUAAAGAGUACACCAUG